AAGGAGGGGCUGCAUAUCAGGCCUCAUGAACUGCAAGGGGGCCCCAGACAGGAGCCCUGCCAUACCAUGACCCCUGCCUGUGCCAGCCCUUUCACCAGGGCCUCAGGGUGACUCUGGCCAGUCCUGUGAUCUCUCUGAAUCCCCACUUCCCCACAUGUAAAUUGAGAGGGUUGACCAGAUGAAAUGUCAGCUCUAUUAUCUUAUGAUAAUAGAGCCUCAGGGCACUUCAAGUGCCUGAAAUUCUAGAAGGUAAGGGUAACAAAAAAGUCACUAGGCUUCAUCAAAGCAUCAGAUUUCUGAGGCCUUGGGUGGGGGGCUCUCAGCCAACCUGGUGUCCCUGUUACAUCUGUGCUUUUCUCUUCCUAUGUCUCAGGUUGGCCAUGUGUCCAAAAGAACUAUCAUCCUCAGCACCAGCCAUGGCACCCCAUGUCCUCAGGGAAGACCCAUUUGUUAUGACAGUUUCUCAGUAAUUGCAGACUUUUGUUCAAGUAACAUCAUCACAGGAGAAGGCCCAGAGCAGAAGGACUCUCUAGAGGCAAAAGGGGAGCAAUGCCCUCACACCAAGCCUGUCGCUCCUCUCUUUUGCUUUUCACAGGGGCAGCUGCCCUCUGUCACCGCAGUGGGGCCCUCUGCUACCUCCUGUGCCUCAUUGCCUGCCUGCCAGGCCAGGACUCCAUGGCUGGAAGCUGCCUGCAGUGCUCCAAGGACUUUCACUACCAUGGUGGCAGGACAGCUCAGCAGCCGUGCCUCACCAGAAUCUGCAGCCGGCUCCCAAGACUCAGAGAAAGCAAAGACUACCAGUGUUACCUGCCCAGGCAAGAGCCAAAAGCAAAGCGCACUGCCCAUGUCUUCUGCCCUCUGGGCUACUUCUUCAUAGACAGAGUCCUUAGCUGCCAGCCUCGCCCCACAGGGCACUGGCCAAAGGACAGCAGUGGAAGAGGAAUGGAGGGAGAGCCCCUGCACCUGCGGGCAGAAGGCCACUUCUGCCCAGAUGGUGCCAUCACCAUGCCAUGCCUGGCCAGGACCUUUGAAAGCAGGAGGGAGACACCCCACCCCAACACCAGCUUCUGCUCAGCAGUUCUCAGCCAGUGUCUGCAGUGCCCAGCGGGAUACUUCUGCCCCAACCAAGCCACCCAACCCAUCCCAUGCCAGCCAGGCACAUUUAGCCCGAAUCCAGGCCAGGAUGAAACCACAGACUGUGUUCCAUGCCCAGCAGGCAAGGCCUGUACCCAGGCUGGGCUGACUCAGCCAGAUGCAGAGUGCACACCGGGGUAUGUGUGCCCUGUGGGCUCUUCCAGCCCCAAUGCUCCCACCCAUGCCUGCCCACCUGGGACAUUUAGCAGCCGCAACAACCUCUCCGACCUGUCACAGUGUGAGGUCUGCCCCUCGGGAGUAGCCUGUCCUAGGGGAACUGGAAGUCCAAACUGGCCCCCUAUCCCCUGUCCAGCUGGCCAUUAUUGCCCUCUGGGCACCAAACGGCCGACCCAGUUCCAGUGUCCCCCAGGCACCUGGAGUAACCAGACUGGACUAACAGCAGUCGAGGAGUGUGUACCUUGUCCCAGGGGCUGGUUCUGUGUCACUGGAGCCCAGCUUCCCUCAGGGACAUGCAAAGCUGGGCAUUACUGCCCACAAGGUACAAUGUGGAGCACCCAGUUCCCUUGCCCAGCAGGCACCUACAGCUCUCAAGCAGGCAACAGCCAGAUGGAAGACUGUCUGCCAUGUCCCCCAGGGGCCUUCUGCCCCAGUGGUGCCCCCAAGCCCGUGCUCUGCCCACGGUAAGGGAGGCUGAAGGGUAUGGCCAUCCUCAAAGUUACCACAUGUUUAUUAAGUACAGGCCGAAGCCUGGCACUAUGCCAGGCAUCGAGGGAUUUAUAAAGAGAGAUGAGGGUCUGGGCUGCCUUAGGACCUGAUAGCUUUGUUAAGAUAAGACAUAGGAACUGAAAAGGCAAGGGCCAGGGCUGAGAUGCAGGGUGGCAAAUUGGAGUGGGACCCACCCCCACCCUCAUGGCCCUAGAUGUUGAAAGGGAGAGAACUCACUCUGGGCUGGAGUCAAUGGGUAAGGUGCCCACACCCCAGUGGAGAAGCUGCUUCAAGAACAACACACCCCAAGGCCACGCACUCUGGAAGCUAAUUCUGGCUGACAUCUUAGCAACGAUCAUUUGGCGCUCUGGAAUUCUCUCUGUUGAUUUGACUGGUUUAUGAAGAUGUGCCCCUUAUUCCUCUGGUCACGGAGUAAACUUUAAGAAUUUUUCUUAUUUUGAAAAAGUGAUACAUAUUCUUCACGUAAAAAGUGAAAACAGUAGUAACCAAAAUAAA